UGGGGGGGCGGAACAUGUCUCCCGCCGCAGGAAGAUGAGGCAGCGCCGGCGGCUGCGGGCGUAGCGGGCCACCGCGGGCCACCGCCGCGCGCCGCCGCCUCUGCUACGGUCCCUUCCCGCGGGGCCUCCUCUGAGAGACGCUUGAGAGAGGCCAGGCGACGCGAACGCGAGUGGGGAGGAGGAAGGACGCGCGACCCCGAGCCCUGCGCGCUCCUGCCGCCCACGCGCGACCCUCGGGGACGCGCCCGCCACCCUUUUGUCCCCGGGGUCCCCGAGGGCGGUGGGCAGCAGGGACCCCCGGUGCACCCGGUGCAUGCCCCCGCCCAGCAGUCCCCUGGUGUCACUACACAGGGCUGCCUCUAGGCCUGGGGAACGCACCCCAGUUCCGACACCUGCUGCCCUGGCUGGAUGAUGAACCAGUCUCAGAGAAUGGCACCUGUUGGCUCGGACAAAGAACUGAGUGACCUCCUGGACUUCAGUAUGAUGUUCCCGCUACCUGUGGCCAAUGGCAAGGGCCGGCCCGCCUCCCUAGCUGGAACCCAGUUCGCAGGCUCAGGACUGGAGGACCGACCCAGCUCAGGCUCUUGGGGCAACAGUGACCAGAACAGUUCUUCCUUUGACCCUAGCCGGGCAUACAGUGAAGGUGCCCACUUCAGUGACUCCCACAGCAGCCUGCCGCCUUCCACGUUCCUAGGAGCCGGGCUUGGAGGCAAGGGCAGUGAACGGAAUGCCUAUGCCACCUUCGGGAGAGACACCAGUGUUGGCGCCCUGAGUCAGGCUGGCUUCCUGCCAGGUGAGCUGGGCCUCAGCAGUCCCGGGCCACUGUCCCCAUCGGGCGUCAAGAGCAGCUCCCAGUAUUACACCUCAUUCCCCAGCAACCCUCGGCGGAGAGCUGCAGAUGGUGGCCUGGCAGAUACUCAGCCCAAGAAGGUCCGGAAGGUUCCGCCUGGUCUUCCUUCCUCGGUGUAUCCACCCAGCUCAGGUGAUAACUACAGCAGGGACGCCACAGCCUACCCCUCCGCCAAGACCCCCAGCAGCGCUUACCCCUCCCCCUUCUACGUGGCAGACGGCAGCCUGCACCCCUCAGCGGAGCUCUGGAGUCCCCCUGGCCAGGUGGGCUUUGGGCCCAUGCUAGGUGAUGGCUCGGCCCCCCUGCCACUUGCACCGGGCAGCAGUUCCGUGGGCAGUGGUGCCUUUGGGGGCCUCCAGCAGCAGGAUCGCAUGGGCUACCAGCUGCAUGGGUCUGAGGUCAAUGGCACGCUCCCAGCUGUAUCCAGCUUCUCAGCUGCCCCUGGCACUUACAGUGGGACUUCUGGCCACACGCCACCCGUGAGCGGGGCCGACAGCCUCUUAGGCACCCGAGGGACUACAGCCAGCAGCUCAGGGGAUGCCCUUGGGAAGGCACUGGCCUCCAUCUACUCCCCGGAUCACUCCAGCAAUAAUUUCUCGCCCAGCCCCUCAACGCCUGUGGGUUCGCCCCAGGGCCUGCCAGGGACAUCACAGUGGCCCCGGGCAGGAGCGCCCAGUGCCUUAUCCCCCAACUACGAUGCGGGUCUCCAUGGCCUGCAGAGUAAAAUGGAAGAUCGCUUGGACGAGGCCAUCCACGUCCUCCGCAGUCACGCCGUCGGCACUGCAAGCGAGCUCCAUGGACUGCUGCCUGGCCACAGCACGCUGACCACAAGCUUUGCGGGCCCCAUGUCACUGGGCGGGCGGCAUGCAGGCCUGGUCAGCGGAAGCCACCCUGAGGAUGGCCUCACAAGUGGUGCCAGUCUUUUGCAUAACCAUGCCAGCCUUCCCAGCCAGCCCAGCUCCCUCCCUGACCUCUCACAGAGGCCACCCGACUCCUUUAGUGGACUCGGGAGGGCAGGCGUGACUGCAGGCGCCAGUGAGAUCAAGCGGGAGGAGAAAGAGGACGAGGAGGUCGCAUCAGUGGCAGAUGCUGAGGAAGACAAAAAGGACCUGAAGGUCCCACGCACGCGUACCAGCCCAGACGAGGACGAGGACGACCUUCUCCCCCCAGAGCAGAAGGCCGAGCGGGAGAAGGAGCGCCGGGUGGCCAAUAACGCCCGCGAGCGCCUGCGUGUCCGCGACAUCAAUGAGGCCUUUAAGGAGCUCGGCCGCAUGUGCCAGCUGCACCUCAGCACUGAGAAGCCGCAGACCAAACUGCUCAUCCUGCACCAGGCCGUGGCCGUCAUCCUCAGCCUGGAGCAGCAGGUGCGAGAACGCAACCUGAACCCCAAAGCAGCCUGCUUGAAGCGGCGGGAGGAGGAGAAGGUAUCUGGCGUGGUCGGGGAUCCGCAGCUGGCGCUGUCAGCCGCCCACCCGGGCCUGGGUGAGGCCCACAACCCAGCCGGGCACCUGUGAGCCGUCACGGGGUCUUCGUUGGACCAGGGACCACCACAUCUCUGCCCGGGGUGCACCCAGGAUGGUCCUGGAUGAGACAUCUCCAUCGAGGCAUGGGCAGAGGGCUCUGGGGACACUUCAGGGCCUGGGGGAGUUGGCACGGAGCAGCCCACCUGUCUUGGCCCAGUAACCAAGCUGAAGGGCGGCUCCUCCUCUCGAUUAGCGGGAACUGGAAACAAAGCAGCAUGCCCACUUAUCAGAAAGGAAAAAAGAUGCCUUAACUAUGUCAGACGGAAGAGUCGGACCGCGCCCUGGCAAGGGCGGCCUGGAACUGGCUUCUAGUUCAGAGCCACAGCACAUUGUGCCUAAGCAUUUUUCGUUUUUUAAAAGGAGAAUAAAGGAACAUUAGUUUUCAGAUUUUUUUUUAAUGUAGACAAAAGUUAGCAAGAACGAGGCCUUCCGUGUCUUUUUUUUUUCCCUUAACUUUCUUUUCCGUAUGUUUUGUAAGCAACAAAUUUUUGUAUAAAAGUCUCAUGUCUGUUUCUGUUUCUAGAA